UGGGGGUCCUGAGUUACUGUACACGUGCGUACGAGCUGCGAAGAUGGCGGAUUUACAGAUGAAGCUUUUGCGGAAAAAAAUUAUAAAGAGAAACGAAAAGAUCAAGAAGAAAGCCAAACCGCUGAAACUGACUCAAAAGGAUGUUGAGGUAGAAGUUGCUAAUUGUCCAGAAGAAGAAGAAGAAGAAAAUGCUACUGAAGAGAGAGAAAAUCCUACAGUGUGUAGUGGAAAAAUAAAGAAACUUGCAAAGCUGAACAAUGUGGACACUUCAGAAGAGCAUAUUACAAAUGACAUACAAGUGAAGAAGAAGAAAAAGAGGAAGAUUCAAAAUGGUUUGGAGGAUGCUGCUGUUAAAAAGGCAAAAACACAGAAGCAAUUGGAUGAAGAGGAGGAUCCACCAGAAGUGGUAGAUGAUGAAGAAAACUUUGCUGAUACAGCAGAGCAGAUGGCUGAAGACCAGUCUGAAGGUGAACUUGGAUCUGAAUCCAGUGAAAACGAGAAUGGACCUCAGUUGCCUUCAGGCCUAACAGGUGCUUUUGAAGACACAUCCUUCAGUUCUCUCAGCGAUAUGGUCAGUGAAAAUACUUUAAAGGGAAUAAAGGAUAUGGGCUUUGAGGAAAUGACUGAAAUUCAACACAAGAGCAUCAGGCCUCUGUUGGAAGGCAGAGAUAUUUUGGCUGCUGCACGAACAGGAAGUGGAAAGACGAUGGCAUUUUUAAUUCCUGCUAUUGAGCUUAUUUACAAGUUAAAGUUUAUGCCUAGAAAUGGCACUGGUGUGAUUAUUUUGUCCCCGACUCGAGAACUAGCAAUGCAGACAUAUGGGGUCCUAAAAGAAGUGAUGGCACACCAUUUUCACACAUAUGGACUGAUUAUGGGAGGAAGCAACCGUUCUGCCGAAGCACAGAAAUUAGCGAAUGGCAUCAAUAUUUUGGUAGCAACUCCUGGCAGACUGCUUGAUCAUUUGCAGAACACUUCUGGGUUUAUGUACAAAAACUUACAAUGUCUAAUCAUUGAUGAAGCAGACCGUAUUCUGGAGGUUGGAUUCGAAGAAGAACUGAAACAGAUUAUCAAACUUUUACCAAAAAAGAGGCAGACUAUGCUUUUUUCUGCAACGCAAACACGUAAAGUUGAGGAUCUGGCCAGAAUAUCCCUGAAGAAGGAGCCACUGUAUGUUGGCGUGGAUGAUCAUAAAGAGACUGCAACUGUUGAGGGUCUAGAACAGGGUUAUGUAGUGUGUCCGUCCGAAAAAAGGUUCCUGUUGCUUUUUACCUUUUUGAAGAAGAACCGGAAGAAGAAGCUGAUGGUGUUUUUUUCUUCCUGCAUGUCAGUGAAGUAUCAUUAUGAGCUUUUAAACUACAUAGAUCUUCCUGUCAUGGCAAUUCACGGAAAGCAGAAACAAACCAAGAGAACCACCACUUUUUUCCAGUUUUGCAAUGCAGAAACCGGAAUCUUGCUCUGCACAGAUGUUGCUGCCAGAGGUCUUGACAUCCCUGAAGUGGACUGGAUUGUUCAGUAUGAUCCUCCUGAUGAUCCAAAGGAGUACAUUCAUCGUGUGGGUCGGACGGCCAGAGGAGUUGAAGGGAGAGGCCACGCACUUCUCAUUUUGAGGCCUGAGGAACUGGGAUUUCUUCGGUAUCUAAAACAAGCCAAGGUGCCUCUCAAUGAAUUUGAAUUUUCCUGGAGCAAAAUUUCUGAUAUUCAGUCUCAGCUAGAAAAGCUGAUUGAGAAAAACUACUACCUGCACAAGUCUGCUCAAGAGGCCUACAAAUCUUAUAUCCGAGCGUACGAUUCUCACUCCUUGAAGCAGAUUUAUAGCGUCAACACGCUGGACCUGCCGAAGGUUGCUCUCUCCUUUGGAUUUAAAGUGCCCCCCUAUGUCGACCUCAAUGUAAACAGCAGCAGUGGAAAGAAAAUACAGAAGAGAGGUGGUGGUGGAGGAUUUGGGUAUCAGAAAUCCAAAAAUGUUCACAAGUCAAAGAUUUUCAAACACAUCAACAAGAACAGAAAUGACAGGAGGCAGUUUUCUCGUUAAUAUUUUAACUUGGUCUUUUUUUGUACUAUAAAAUCCGGUAUCAUGGGACAAUAAAGUGAGCAUUCCGAUAA